UGUCUAGUGUGUGUCAAGAGGACGAACAUUUUUUCUUCCUCCACUAAAUUCGGAAAAUUUGCACAUUUUUGUUCCGCUUCUGGUUUACUUGUUCCGAUCGCUAUGUAGUACAGGUGCCGCCGGGGUCGCGAGUGUAUACGGUUUGUCCGCCAGUUGCCGAUGGUUGGCGAAAGGUGUGGAUAAUUUUUUUUACUCGGAUGGUGAAUUCUUUUGUUGUGGAGUGCCACCAGAAGAAGAGUGGAUUAAAGAAAACAGGAGGUAAUAGAAGAAGACGUUGUGCAGUCGCAGUGCAAGGGCCAAAGUGCUUAUGGAUUGGUCCGUCCGUCGGAUCUUAUGAAUGUGGUUCUCGCUGUGACUGCAGGCACCUGCUGCUCGCAGAUUCGACGGCGAAUUCGAUUACUUGGUCGUUCCGGAUUGUUGCCGCUGGCUUACUCAAGUUUUGUAGUUGCUUUAGUCGAAAGAAGAAGAAGAAGACCAAGGAAACAGAGUAUUUUAGAUAGGAUUGCACUAUUCCGAAGGCACACAGGCAGUUCUAACAAUGGACGAGGAUCGCCACAAACGAUUGCUGGCGCUGGAGGAGAGGUUGCGUGAUCCGGGCAGUAUUGCCAACGUUGACUGCCUGCUGGACACAGUGACGGCACUGGUUGCGGAUUGUGAUCACGACAACGUUAAGAUCAUCAAAAAUAUUGAAACAUACAUAAAACGAUACAAAGACCUUGCCCGAGAGAUCAACGAGCUGCGCAUGAAACCGGAUGACUUCAUUCCGAUAAAACUCAUCGGCCGUGGUUCGUUCGGCGAGGUUCAGCUGGUGCGUCAUAAAACGUCCAAACAGGUGUACGCGAUGAAACGGCUGUCCAAGUAUGAGAUGAUCACUCGCUCGGAUACGGCCUUCUUCUGGGAGGAGCGCUACAUCAUGGCUCACGCUAACUCGGAGUGGAUCGUCCAGCUUCAUUAUGCCUUCCAGGAUAACAAGUACCUUUACAUGGUGAUGGACUACAUGCCGGGAGGGGACAUUGUCAGUUUGAUGAACAUCUACGAAAUUCCAGAGAAAUGGGCUAUUUUCUAUACGAUGGAAGUUGUGCUGGCUCUCGACACUAUUCAUAAUAUGGGUUUCAUUCAUCGUGAUGUUAAGCCGGAUAACAUGCUGCUGGAUAAGUACGGUCAUCUUAAAUUGGCCGAUUUUGGCACGUGUAUGCGUAUGGGUCCCGACGGAUUAGUACGUUCGUCCAAUGCUGUUGGAACACCCGAUUACAUUAGUCCAGAAGUGCUGCAAUUUCAAGGUGCUCAAGGGGGCUACGGGCGGGAGUGCGACUGGUGGUCGGUUGGUAUUUUCCUGUACGAAAUUCUAAUUGGUGACACGCCAUUCUACUCGGAUAGUUUAGUUGGAACCUACAGUAAAAUUAUGGACCAUGAGAACUCAUUGCAUUUCCCGCAGGAUGCAGCUAUUAGUCAGAACGCUAAAUCGCUAAUUAAAGGUUUUCUUACCGAUCGAACAAAACGAUUGGGUCGGCAUAGUGUAGACGAAAUCAAGUGUCAUCCAUUUUUCCAAAACGAUGUGUGGACAUUCGAGAAUUUGCGCGAAUCUGUCCCGCCGGUUGUACCGGAGUUAAGCAGCGAUGACGAUACACGUAACUUUGACGAAAUCGAACGGAAGAAUAGCGUUGAAGCGAACUUUCCUACCCCGACUACCUUCUCCGGCGAUCAUCUUCCUUUCAUCGGGUUCACCUAUACGGGCGACUUUCAGCUACUGUCCGGUGCUCAGGACAAUGUGGACAACAAGACCACUGCAAUAAAUUCAUCAACUCAGCGAAAUCAUCAUGCACGGCAUCGUUCGUCCAAUAAUGCCGAACUGCUUCGGUUAGAAAAUUUGCUGCAACGGGAACGAAACACCAUCGAGAUGCUGGAGAAACAGGAACGAACACUUCGGCAGCAGAUCGAAAUCAUAACGCAGCGUGAGACCGAAAUACAGAAUUUGGCCAAUAGCUACGAGAAAGAGCUGACAAUGUUGAAGCAUAACUACCGUGAAAUGCAACGAAAGGCGGAGAACGAACAGGAAGUUCGUCGGAAGACAGAAAACAUGCUGCUUGAGACAAAGCAACGACUGGAAGAUGAGAAAAGCAAACGCACCCGCGAAAUGAACAACAACCAACAGUCUACCGAUAAGAUAAACAUGUUGGAAAAACAACUGGCGGAUAUGCAGGAAAAGUAUAAGAACGAGACCGAAAAUAGCCAGAAGAUGAAGAAACAGGUAGCGGAGCUGCGUCUUUCUAAGACCGACGUCGAACAGAAGGCCAACGAUUUGCAGUCGAUGCUAGCGGGGCUGCAAACGGCGCGAGAUGUUCUUCAGCAGGAGGUUGCAGAUUUGCAAUCUCGUCUGGCACAGGAAAGAAAUUCUCGCCUGCAGAUGACCGAGCAGCAGAAGGAGCUGGAGGGUAAGAUACUGUCCCUUAGUGGCGAUCUGGAGCGUUCGAUGACCCGCGAACAGCAGGCUCUCGAAGACAAUCGAAGUCUAACCGACAAGAUAUCGGACCUGGAGAAGGAGCACGCAUCGAUCGAGUGCGAACUGAAGGCUGUCCAGAAUCGGUACCAUCAGGAGGUGAAAGCACACCAGGAGACGGAGAAAUCAAGACAACUCAACAACGAAGAGGCUAACAUGCAGGAGGUUAAAGGUAACUGGAAAAAGAGUUGUCUAAAAUUAUACUAUUUUUUGUUUCAACCGGUGUUUGUAUUUGUUGUAGCACUUCAAACCAAGCUGAAUGAGGAAAAGGUGGCGCGGCAGAAGGCAGAACAGAACUCCCAGGAGAAGGAACGUCAGAUUUCGAUGCUGUCGGUGGACUAUCGGCAGAUCCAGCAAAGAUUGCAAAAGCUUGAAGGCGAAUAUAGACAGGAAUCGGAAAAGGUUCUAGCACUGCACAGUCAGCUUGAGCAAGAGCAGACUAAAAAGAGCACACUGCUGUCGGAGCUCAGCCUUCAAAGUUCGGAAGUGGCUCAUUUGAAAGCGAAGGAAAUGCAGCUGGUCAAGGAGGUGCAGCAGUUUCGCGAGACGAAACGCAAAUAUGAGGAAGAUAUUGUAAAAAUUAAAAAUGCUCACAAUGUUGAUAUUCUCCAGAUGAAAGAACUGCAAGAUCAACUGGAAGCCGAACAAUACUUUUCUCGUCUUUAUAAGACUCAGAGCAACGAAGUUCGUGAGGAGCUAGAAGAAAAAACCCGUCAAAUUCAGGAGCUCGAAGAGGAACGCAGCUCGGUACUGCAUCAGCUGCAGCUGGCUAUGGCCCGAGCGGACUCGGAAGCUUUGGCUCGUUCGAUAGCGGAGGAAACGGUGGCCGAUCUAGAGAAGGAUAAAACCAUGAAAGAGCUCGAGUUGAAGGAUCUAAUUACGAAGCAUCGCAACGAACUGUCAACCAAAGAAGCGGCCCUCACGUCCCUGAAAGAUCUCGAGACCGAAAUGAACAAGAAGCUAAACAACAAACUGUUUGAAAUCGAUGACCUGACGCAGCAGAAUCGUAAGCUUCACGAUGAACUUGGUCAGCUGAAGACCGAGCAGACUGAGAUGGAGAAAUUGCGCACAAAACUCAAGACUGAGACGAUGCUGAAGCAGCAGGCGGUGAACAAACUUGCCGAAAUCAUGAACCGGAAGGACAACAAUCUCACCGGGAAGCAGAAAAGCAAAGUUAAUUCGACUGCGGAUCUAAGGAAAAAGGAGAAGGAAAAUAAACGUCUUCAACAGGAACUGUCGGUUGAACGUACCAAGUACGACGAAUUGAGUCUGAAGCACAAUGAAAUCAUCAGUCAGCUAUCAAGGGAAAUUGAUAUCAAAACGAAGCUUCAGAUGGAAAUCGAAUGCAAAGCGACCGAGAUUGAACAUCUGCAAAUGAAACUGAAUGAAACGGCAUCGUUAUCGUCUGCUGACAAUGAUACUAUUGAAGACAACCAGGACGCAAUAUUCGAGGGUUGGUUGAGUAUACCGAACAAGCAGAACAUCAAACGGUACGGUUGGAAGAAGCAGUUUGUGGUCGUUUCGCCCAAGCGGAUCAUUUUCUACAGCUCGGAGGUCGACAAGCAGCAUACAAUUGAUCCGCUGUUGAUCAUCGAUCUUAGCAAAGUGUUCCAUGUCCGGCCGGUCACGCAAGGUGACGUUAUUAGGGCGGAUCCCAAAGAAAUUCCCAGAAUUUUCCAGCUGCUUUAUGCAGGGGAGGGUGAAGCGAGGCGGCCUGACGAGCAGCAACAGCUGGAUGUCAGCUCGUCAAAGGCGGACGAGAGGCCCAUGACAUUGCAGUACAAAGGUCAUGAAUUUCUUCAGAUCAGUUACCACAUACCAACCACUUGUGAUUUGCCAUCGUGCCAGAAGACACUCUGGCACGUGUUUAAAUCAUUGCCAGCAUACGAGUGCAAAAGAUGUCGGUUCAAGCUACAUAAGGAGCACGUGGACAAUAACAACCCGUUGGCUCCGUGUAAGCUGCAUCAUGAUCCGAAUCAUGCACGUGAAAUGCUGCUGCUUGCCUCUUCCAACGAGGACCAAAAUCGGUGGGUAAGUCGACUUUCAAAGCGUAUCCAGAAGAGUGGAUACAAGGCUAAUUCGACCAACAAUCUUGGCGGUGCUGGUGGCAGCACCAGUAGCAACAGCAGUAGUGGAAAUAGUGACGGUAGCAAAAUUUCACCGAGUCAAUCGACACGUUCUAAUUACAAACCAUACGCUGUGAAUGUGCAACGGUCUGCUACCCUACCGGCGAAUGCAUCGCUGAAGCAACAGCAGUAACUUACGCUCGAUUCAAAUCAGAUCUAACUUAUCUGAUCCUGUUCGGGUAAAGCGGCGUGGAGCGGUGUAAACGUUAGCGAGCUGGUAGCAGCAACCACUGUUGCAUCUACAAAUGUAACUACAACACUACGACGGCUAAACUGCUAUGCUACUAAAAUACGAUAUCAACUAGAUAGUGAUAGUUUUUGACAAUAACCUUUUCUUCGUACCGCGACGGUGUUGAAGUAGCAGUCGCAAAUUGCUAAUAACCUCUGGCUCCAAAUAGCAGCUCAAUCUUCAUCAAAUAUAUUAAACUUAUAAAUGGAUUAUAAGGACAAGCUUCUAUAACGCAAAUUACAAACUUACUUUUUAAGGGCAAGCGUCAUUGUUCGCAUUUAAUACUUUCGUACAGUAGUUCUAACAAAUUAGACUUUCAAUCGGUUUGCCCACAUUCAAAUAAGUUUUAAACGCCAUUCCCAACGCAGAACUUACAAACCGGAUGUAAUAAUCAGCCGUGCUGUGUGUGCUAGUGAUUUCCAAUUAGCAAUUCUUUUAGACAUAUAGCUUACAUACUAAUUUUUAUCAGAAAUAGAAUAUCGCUGUCUGUGCGGUGGGCUACGAAUGCUUUCAAACCCUCGGCACAAUGGCAGCGCGAUAAAUCUUUCAACUGCACAUUCCUGCUAACACAAACACUGGCUUCUGCUUGCUGAUAUAGACUUUCGACUGACUGACUAACUGAUUCCUAUCCGUUAUUGUUUUAUUUGGCUCGCUUUUGUGUACUUUACUUAAUAACAAAACCAAGACCAACUGGAAUACGAAGAUAAUAAGAUAUUUAGAUGUUCAUAAAUUAUUCGUUUUUAUUAAGAAAACAAGUUGAUGAAAGAGAAGCGACAAGUUAACAUUUGUUCUAGUUUUUUUGUUUCACCGUAGGAUGGUAAUUUGUUAGGGUUCGAAUUUAACAAAAAAAUGAGAAAAAAAGUUGAAUUGUAGUGGAAUUCAAAAUUCCUAACCUAUAGAUUGAAAAGUAGGAUGCCAGUGCAGCUUUUCCUGAAAAGAUAAACAUAGCUAAGGAUCCGCAUCCUUUGUGUAUUUCUAGCUAGCAUUUAAAUAUACAUUUUUUCGGACGAAGCUCGUUAAAACGUUGUACAGUAUGAGAAAUCGUUAUCAUAUUAUAUAUAUAUAUUAUAUAUUUAAAAUAUUUUUUAAAUAACUUUUAUAUGUAUAGUGAACAAAUUCCAUUUUACAAAACAAGUGCCUUUAAAUCUAAUAUAAUGAAUAUCUAUUACAUAAUCUUUCCUAACAAAUAAUCCAUUACUGGAGAAUGAGGAAAAAACAUAUCAGGAUCAUAGCUGAUCGGAUAUGCAAAUAAGAAUCAAACCAAUGUGAGCUUUAGAUACCUAGUUGUGUCUUUUCUAUCCCAAGUUUACACACGAAAGGCUCUUUGAAAUAAACU